GAUUGGGUGUGUCGACGUCAGAUUGGUUGUUCCGAUGGUGUUCUAACUCAGAACUCCUUCUAAGUUUUUCUCACGAAAAAAAGUUGGAUUUCUCUUUAAUCCAUUUUAUUUCCCCUAACUAUUUUAGUAAUUUAUUUCUUGGUUAAUUGCUGUGAAUAGAAAUGGGUCUCAAGGGAUGCCAAAUUGUUCUCGAUAACCCGUGGAAUACGUACUAUGCUGGUCAAACAAUUAAUGGCAAAGUGGAGUUUACUUUUGACUCUCCCAAGAAAGUUCGCGGUAUUCUAAUUCGCUUCCUCGGAGAAGCGAAUACAUCUUGGGAAGAACGUGAAAAGCGCCAGGAUAGUGAAGGGAAGGAAACUGAAGAGAUUACUCAUCUCAGUGGGCAUGAAGAGUACUUCCAGAUUCAAUACUACCUCCUCGGUGGAAAGAACAGUGGUGAGAUCGAAUUAAAUGCCGGUACCCACACUUACCCAUUUACUUGUGCUCUUCCACCAACUCUUCCAUCAUCCUUUGAGGGAGAAUGGGGUCAUGUGCGCUACACCGUGAAAGUUACUCUCGAUCGUCCCUGGAAGUUUGAUCAGGACAGCAAGAUGGCCUUUACUGUGAUCUCCCCGGUGGAUUUGAAUCUCAAUCCACGCGUUAAGGAACAAUUUAAGUUGGACUUGGAGAAAUCUUUCUGUUGUCUUUGCUGCCGCUCAGGACCUCUCUCCGCGAUUGCCAUUGUUCCCGUGACGGGGUAUGUGUCUGGUCAGGUGAUCCCGAUCACAGCUGAGUGCGACAAUGCGAGUAAUGUUCGUGUGACUGGUAUUAAAAUUCACAUGCGCAAGAUAAUAUCAUUCCACACGCAUCAACCACGUCGGGAGACUAAGAAGGACAAAGUGAACAUUUCGGAGGUGUCAGGGGGAGCCGUGGAACCCGGUGGUUCCAAUACAUGGACAUUCAAGUUGGAAAUUCCACCACUUCCGCCGUCGAAUUUGGUCAAUUGUGGCAUCAUUGAUGUGGACUACGACCUCAAGAUUGUCGUUGAGGUGGCGGGAGCGCAUAGAAAUCUCGAGGGAAAGAUUCCCAUUACUCUGGGAACUGUACCACUGGCAGAUUUCAAGCCUCCGGCUCCGUAUUCCGAUGAGCCACCACAAGAUCCGUCUAUGCUCCCAACUCAGCCUGUGAGUCCAGCUAGUCCGCCAGAGACUGGUGGUGCUCUCGGAUGGUCAAUCACUGACUCAGGUGGCCAUCAGCUCUACCCGAAUAUUCCCCCUCCAACAUUUGCUGAAAGCUCCUACAAAUCUCCAAGUAUCGCUAACAAGGAGGACACCCAGUACACGAGAUUCAUGGGCGAUAAUUUUGCUCCAAGAUACCCAACUUAUGCAUUUAAUCCGACCGCUCCUCCUACAGCCAAUUAUUUAAUCAUGGGAAAGUUAAACGUGCAUAAGCUGAAGUACAUGACGAAGGAAGAUUUCAGGAUUCUCACUGCUAUUGAGAUGGGAAUGAAGAAUCAUGAAUUGGUACCUGGACCACUGGCAGCAUCUAUUGCCAAUGUUAAAGCCGGAGGAGUCAAUAAACUCUUGAGGGACAUGUGCAAGAAUAAGUUGCUUCAGUACGAGCGAGGAAAGCAAUAUGAUGGCUAUCGUUUGACAAACAUGGGCUAUGAUUACUUGGCACUCAAAGCACUGACAUUGCGAGGCUCUGUUGCUUCUUUUGGUAAUCAAAUUGGUGUUGGGAAGGAGUCAAACAUCUACACCGUGGCAGAUCCUGAAGGGCAACCUCUGUGCUUGAAGCUUCAUCGAUUGGGACGUGUGUGCUUCCGGAAUGUAAAGGAGAAGCGUGACUACCAUGGACGUCGCAAUAAGGCAUCAUGGCUCUACCUUUCCCGGAUUUCUGCGACCAGAGAAUUUGCUUACAUGAAAGCCCUUCAUGAUCGUGGAUUCCCAGUUCCUAAGCCAAUUGAUUUCAACAGGCAUUGCAUCGUUAUGGAGCUUGUGAAUGGAUAUCCCAUGAUAAAUGUGAGAGAAGUGGAGAAUGUUGAGGCUCUCUACGAUGAUUUAAUGGAGCUCAUUGUAUCCCUAGGGAAUUGUGGAGUCAUUCAUGGAGAUUUCAAUGAAUUCAACAUCAUGGUAACAGAUGAAGGGAAGCCUAUUCUCAUUGAUUUUCCCCAAAUGGUCUCCACAUCACAUCCAAAUGCAAAAUAUUUCUUUGAGAGAGAUGUUAAGGGUGUACAGGAACUGUUUAAGCGUAGAUUUGACUACGAAAGCGAGGAUUUCCCAAAAUUUGAGGAUUUGUUGCGAGAAGAGAAUAUGGAUGUUGAGAUUAAUUGCAGUGGGUAUGGAUUCACCGUCCAAAUGGAGAAGGAUCUCUUGCAAGAAUACGGAAUGGAGAGUGAAGAAGGAGAGGAAGAAGAUGAAGCAGAUGAUGAUGAAGAAGAAUGCGCAGGAGUUUCCGAUGAUGAUGAUAAUGAAAGAAGUAAUGAUAUAAAAUACACAAAGGAAGAGCUGGAUAACUUGAAGCAACAUUUGGAGGAAGAAGUGCAAUUUAGUGAGCAAAAAGUCAAGGAUCAAUCUGCACAGAGUCACAUUGAAAAGUACAUAGCUUCAGUGUCAUCACAUCUAGCCAGCUUUUCACUGCAACAUGCAUCAGAUGAGGAAGAUAUCUUUGAGGAUGCACCAGGAGAAAUUCCCGAAAUCAUAGAGUCAACUUCCACAACAUCAGAACUUCCAAAAAUUCCAGAAACAACGGCAGAUAAAGAAGAUAAAGACCUUGAGGGUUUGGAUCCCAAUUCCCGGAUGUACCGCCUGAAGAUGGUUGAGAAGCUAAUUUCUGAUCGACGAAGUAUGAGAUCCUUUUCCACCACAGCCAGCACAAUUGCUCCCAGUGUUAUUACGGAGCGCCAAAAGCGAGAAAUGCAAAAGCACAAGGUGCGUGAGGAGCGCAAAAGGUGCACGGCAAAGGGAGAUGCAAAUGCUGUGAUGAGAAGGCGUCAGGAGAAUAAGUUUACGGUUAAACAAUAUGCUGGGUGGGAUUUUUAGAUUAUUUUCCGCCAAAAUUGGUAAGUUUGAGUACUUUCCGAAAAUUAAAAUGUUUUUAAAUAAAAAAUUGUUUGAAGAAUAAAA